UCAAAAUUCUAAAAAACAAAAACAAUACAUAACCAAUAAGUGUAAUGGUAAAAAUGAAAUGUAAUUUGCUUGAGAAUCGAAAAUAUCAUUUAGUGGUUGGUAAUAUCUGUAAAGAAGUUGCAUUAGUGCUAAUUAAUUGUUACUGUAACCUUUAAGAUUGAUAUAUUUAUUGUAUGAUUAAAUUGUAAGAAAAAAUAUUUUUGGGUUAAAUUUUGAGUUAAAGUUUUGUUAUAAAAUAUGGCUAUGAACCCCACUAAGUUUUUCAUUAAAGAUCUUAUAAAUAAGCCUACACCUUUAGAGGUAUGGGUUCAAGGAACAAUUGAACAAGCGGUUGGGAAUGAUAUUAUAAUAUUGAUAAUUUCUGACUCUUCUGGACGUGCUAAAAUUGUGAAAUGUGAAACUGCUGAUGGUGUUAUUGAUAGAAGUUUAUUAAAAAAAGGUGUUUACUGUUGCAUAAUUGGUAUAGCUGUUAAAACUAAAGGACUACCAGAAAUCGAAGCAACAAAAUUUGUUGACCUGAGUUCUCAGCCACAUAUGAAAGCAGCUUGGUAUGAUGAAGUAAGAGAAGCAGAACUUCUUAUACAUGGAAAAAUAAAACCCAAUAUUUAA